AAACUUCAAAGAAAACCUUCCAACCAAACACCUCUCAUCUUCAUCUUCUUCUUCCUUAUUCCCCUUACCCGCCAAAACAAGAAAUUUUUUUGAACAGAUUCAGCAACUUAGAUGUUUCAAGAAGAUUUUAUGAUGAUGGGUUCUAAUUAUCUUCCAUCAGCGAUGCAGCAGUCGUCGCAAUUUUAUUCGUCUCGAACACCAUGGCCUCGUUCUUUAGAUAAGUUGUUUGAGCAAGCUGUUGCAAUUUUCCCUGAAGGAACACCGGAUAGAUGGAGAAAAAUUGCUGCUCAUGUUCCAGGGAAAACACCAUGGGAAAUUCGAGAACACUAUGAAGCUUUGAUCCAUGAUGUGACAGAAAUUGAUUCAGGAAGAGUUGAAUUGCCUCGUUAUGAGGAUGAUUAUGCUGGCAACAACGUUUCGUUUUCAAAGACUUGGGGUUCUGAUAGUGGGAGAAGGUCGAAUCAAAUUUCUUUUGCAUCAAAGUCGAAAAAUAAUACAGAGGAGAGAAAAAAGGGGAUUCCCUGGACUGAAGAAGAACACAAGCUUUUUCUAAUUGGAUUGAAGAGAUAUGGGAAGGGUGACUGGAGAAGUAUAUCAAGAAAUGCUGUAAUGUCAAGAACACCUACUCAAGUUGCUAGUCAUGCUCAGAAGUAUUAUCUUCGCCUGAACUCAAUGAAGAAAGAAAAGAAAAGAUCAAGCAUCCAUGACAUAACCACUGUCGAGACCCGCACUGUUCCUCCACCACAAAAUGAUCAAUCUAAGGUUGGGUCAGCAUCUGACAGUUCAAUGAAAAUGGGCAUGUCAAUCGACCUGCCAAGAUCGUUUUUUGAUCAAGGAUAUUCUUCAUCAGGGUAUCAACAAUUGGGCUAUCCUAUGUAAAGAUUACUACAGUUUAGAUGAAGUUCUUGUAAAAUGGGUAAUAUUAACCAACUUAGGUUUUUUCUGUUUCUUCUAAUUUUCUAGUAAGGAUUGGCAGUAUACUAGCUUGCUUUGAAUCAUUCCAUGAACAGGAAAUUUCUGUGAGAUUGUGAAUGUAAACCUAAGUUCAAGAACUUACUUCAAUUGCUCGUUUCAUCCAAGUGACAA